CGGGUUCGUGCUUCGCAGCACAAGCUUUUGGUUUUAGUGAGACCCUGGCGGGAAAAGUUGGGAGGCAACCGUCUUGCCAUUGAUUCUUUCAUGCGUGUCAAUUUGUCCUCGAGCACAUCGAACUGCACCCCAUCCAUUCUGUGACCUUGACAACUCCACAGCCCUCCACACUCCUCCCCCACGCCUCCCCUCUGUCAGCCAAUGUCCGCCAACAUGGCUCACCGCCGCCAGAUCAGCAAAGCAAAUGGACAGGAGAUAGACAUUGACGUGCUCGUCAUUGGCGCCGGUCCUACAGGCCUGGGCGCUGCAAAACGUCUCAAUCAAAUUGACGGCCCGUCAUGGAUGAUUGUCGACACCAACGAGACCGCAGGCGGCCUCGCCUCGACCGAUGUCACCCCAGAAGGCUUCCUCUACGAUGUCGGCGGCCACGUCAUCUUCUCCCACUACAAAUACUUUGACGACAUCAUCGACGAAGCCUUGCCUAACGACUCCGACUGGUACUCGCACCAGCGCAUCUCCUACGUCCGAUACAAGGGCCUUUGGGUACCAUACCCCUUCCAGAACAACAUCUCCAUGCUCCCCAAGCAAGAUCAGGCGCUGUGCAUCGAGGGCAUGAUCGAUGCCGCGUUAGAAGCAAGAGUCUCCAACACCAAGCCCAAAGACUUUGAUGAUUGGAUCGUUCGCAACAACGGCGAAGGCGUGGCAAAUGUGUUCAUGCGGCCGUACAACUACAAAGUCUGGGCUGUGCCGACGACAAAGAUGCAAUGCGCCUGGCUGGGAGAACGUGUGGCCGCUCCCAACGUCAAGCUCGUCACCUCCAACGCCAUUCUCGGAAAGACGGCCGGCAACUGGGGACCCAAUGCCACCUUCCGCUUCCCUGCGCAUGGAGGCACCGGCAACAUCUGGAUUCAGGUCGCCAAGACUCUUCCCAAGAACAAAUGUCGCUUUGGUGAGCACGGCCGAGUGCAGAUUGUUGACGCCGAGAACCACCGGGUACUCCUCGGCGACGGGACCACCGUCAACUACAAAAAGAUGAUCAACACCAUGGCUCUCGACCACCUCACCGAGUGCAUCCGCGACCCCGAGCUCAUCAAACUCAGCAAGGGCCUCUUCUACAGCACCACGCACGUCAUCGGCGUCGGCGUCCGCGGCGAGCGCCCCGAACGCAUCGGCGACAAAUGCUGGCUCUACUUCCCCGAAGACAACUGCCCCUUCUACCGCGCCACCAUCUUCUCCAAUUACUCGCCCAACAACCAACCGCAAGCCUCCACCAAGCUUCCCACCCUCCAACUCGCCGACGGCAGUAAAUCCGCCUCCGCAGAAGCCAAAGAGGGUCCGUACUGGAGCAUCAUGCUCGAAGUCUCCGAAUCCUCGAUGAAGGCUAUCAACCGCGACACGCUCCUCGCCGACUCCAUCCAGGGCCUGAUCAACACCGAGAUGCUGCGUCCCAACGACGAGAUCGUCUCCACCUACCACCGCGCCUUCGACCACGGCUACCCCACCCCGACCCUCGAGCGCGACGGCGUGCUCAAACAAUUGCUGCCCAAACUCGAGGCGUUGGACAUUUGGUCUCGAGGCCGUUUCGGCAGCUGGAAGUAUGAGGUCGGCAACCAGGAUCACUCGCUCAUGCUGGGUGUCGAAGCGGCGGACCAUAUUGUCAAUGGCGCGGUGGAGUUGACGUUCAACUACCCCGACUUCGUCAACACGAGGCCGAACGCGGAGAGGAGGCUGGUGGAUGGAGCGCAGGUGUUUUCUGGGAAACACAAGGCGAUGAACGGGACGGCUGGCGACGGCAUUCCCGAGGCGCUGAAGAACAGUAUCAAGAGUGGCGUUGCUUGAGCUUUCCGUCUCGUGCGGACUGGCGUUUCAAGCGUUCUCGCCGGUAAUCUCGUACAGUAGAGCAUUGUAGAUUCGCA